AUGGUGCAUGGCAGAUUGCAGACAGGGUCUAGAUUGAAGAAAAUGGGGGUGUGUGACAACUCAGUGUGUCUGAUCUGUGACAGUCAUGAGGAAUCUCAUCCUCACCUUUUCUUUGAAUGUUGUUAUAGUAGGGCCUGUUUAAUGGAGAUUAAGAAAUGGCCUGGAAUCCCUGUGCAUAUUGUGCAUUAUAUGGGACUGAUAAGAUGGAUUCAGUGGAAGAGCAAGGGUAGCAAAUUUCAGAAAAAUGUCUAUUACACUGCUGUAAAUGCUGUGGUGUAUGCUAUAUGGAGAGUGAGAAAUGAUGCUCUGUGGAACAACAAAGUCCCCACUGUGCUGCACACUUACAAGUGGGUGAAACAAAGUGUUACAGAUAGGAUCAAUUGUAUAGGUAUACCAGAUAGAGAUGAUGUACAACAAUGGUGGCAGGAGAGAUCUUAG